UUAUUGGAGAAUCUACGGCCACUAUUUCCAGCGUGUGUCAUACGACCAAGUACCAUUUCACAUUCACAUUGACCAAUUCCAAAAUUCUAUUAAAUAAUAAUAAUAUUAAAUUCAAAAAUAAUAAGAAUAUCAUAGUUUAAUUCCCCACCAUCUCUCUCUCCGUGGAAAAUAUUACUAGGCGCAAGAUUUUUCUAUCCCCUUUGUAGCACGCCGAUUUGAUUUCUCUCUACCUCAGUGAACACCUCAUGACUUUUUAGGUAUUUACGGAAGGUAGGGUUUGACUUUGUUAGCAGUGGAGGUUACGGAAGGACAAGUUUUUUGAUUCAUCAACGUUUCUGUUAAGUCUUGACCACUACACAUGUUUGUUGUCUUUUAAUUCAGAUUUUUUUGGUGCUUUCAACAUUGAAUGGAAUUGGAUCUGUUGUCUCAGAUCAAUUCAUUCUUGCCUGUUUUUGAUUGGUUUGAAUGGUUCUCUCAUAUCAUGUGGGAAAAUUUUCAUUUUUCAUGAUUCCAAAUUUGUGCCCCCUUAAUGUUUGUUGAUGGGUCUGAAUAAAUAUAGUACCUAUGAAGAACAUUUUGAGAGAAUUGAGGACUACCCUUUUGGUUCUGAGUCUUUUUAUGAGAUAGUGGAUAAGUAAAGUGUGAUUUUUUUAUAGCUGCAAGGUGUCUUUUGAAAGUUUUCUUCUGAAGCUUUUGGAAUAAUAAGAUGGAUGAAACUAGUAGUUCUUGGAUAAGGAGGACGAAAUUCUCUCACACCGUGUGUCACCGAUUGGAUUAUUCAAGAAUUGGCUCUUUCAUUAUUCGGCCAGAGGCAGUGCAGAAUCCGGAUCUGAGAGUAAGGUCAGCAGCAUCAUCAGCUGCGUCAUCAACAGCAGCAUCAGCACCUCCUGUUGUUUCUAAGGUUUCAAAGGUUUCAAAGGUUCGGAAGAAUCCUAUAACUAAUAAACAGAGAUCUUUAUCUCCUUUGCCUGAAUCCUCUCUUUCUGAAACCUUUAAGGAAGCCAAGCAUGAACAGAAGAGGUUCUCGACGCCAGGUCCAAGGAGAAAAGAGCAGGAUACAAGAAUCAUGGGGAAGCUACUGAACAAGGAUUCUCAAGUGUCCAAUUCUAAAUCGCCUCAUAGAAGUCCAAGCAAUUACUUUGCAUCAAUGAAAUUCAGUGACAAGUCAAAGAACCGCAAGGACUCGGGAUGGACAAAGUAUUUCGACCACGGUGGAGGAAAGGUUACCGCUGUGGAAACGGCUGAAGAAUGGAAUGUUGACCUCUCUAAGCUCUUUGUUGGUCUUAGGUUUGCUUACGGGGCUCAUAGUAGGCUUUACCAUGGUAUGUAUGAGGACGAACCUGUUGCAGUGAAAAUUAUCAGGGUCCCAGAUGAUGACGAAAAUGGCACGUUGGCUGCUAGAUUAGAGAAACAAUUCAUUGCAGAAGUCACACUUUUAUCUCGCCUCCACCAUCAAAAUGUUCUUAAGUUUGUAGCAGCAUGCAGAAAGCCACCUGUUUAUUGUGUUAUCACAGAAUAUCUAUCGGAAGGUUCCUUGAGGGCUUAUUUGCAUAAGUUGGAGGGAAAAACAAUUCCUCUACAAAAGCUAAUUGCUUUUUCUCUGGAUAUUGCUCAUGGAAUGGAAUAUAUACACUCUCAAGGUGUCAUUCAUCGAGACCUUAAACCCGAGAACAUUCUUAUCAAUGGAGACUUUCACCUCAAAAUUGCUGAUUUUGGCAUUGCUUGUGAGGAAGCAUACCACGACUUACUCGCUGAUGACCCUGGUACCUACCGCUGGAUGGCACCUGAGAUGAUCAAACGAAAGUCCUAUGGGAGAAAGGUUGAUGUAUAUAGUUUUGGGCUUAUCUUAUGGGAGAUGCUUAAUGGUACAAUACCAUAUGAAGAUAUGACUCCCAUCCAGGCUGCUUAUGCUGUAGUAAAUAAGAAAUCCAGGCCUGUUAUUCCUUCAAACUGCCCACCUGCAAUGAGAGCUUUAAUUGAGCAAUGUUGGUCCUUGAAUCCGGAAAAAAGGCCCGAGUUCUGGCAGGUUGUUAAGGUGUUACAGCAAUUUGAAUCUUCGCUUGCUCAUGAAGGAACAAUUUCCCUGCUGCAAAACCCUUUUUGCCAAGAUCAUAAAAAGGGGCUUCACCAUUGGAUUCAAAAGCUCAGUCCUUCACAUCAAAGCAGUGGUCCUGUGCCUAAACCAAAAUUUUCAUGAAUCUUGAGUGGCCUGACUUUUGUAGUACUUUAGGUCCAUUGUAAUUAAUAUUGAAUGGUUUAAAUCUUCAAAGAAGUUUUUUUUAUAGGUUUUCUGUCACUUUAUAACAUUAUUCAUAUGAGAGUAAAUCAAUAUUAGGAUUUGUACAUUGAGGUCGUAGCAUAUUUUAUUUUCUAUGUCUUGCAUAUCACUAAUGAUAAAGUUAUUGUGCCGUAGCAAUAGUUUUA